AUGGUUGUAUACUUGAAUGAUAAGACAAAACUUGCUGUGUUGAAUAAAGCAUGUUAUUCUGGUGCAGAAGAAUGUGCUUUAUAUCUUCUGUGUGAGGGAGUAGAACCUGACAACGAGACACCGCUUAGAGUGGUGGAGGGAGGGAGUGUGAAAGUGUUACGUAAACUACUGGAGUAUGACGUCACCCCUACAGCGAGGGAUGAGUGCAAUAACAAUGUCCUACAUGAGGCGUGUGUGUAUGAGAGAGAAGAGAUGGUGACGUUGUUAUGUGACACUUACCCACACUUGGUACAUGACACUGAUUGGUGGGGACAAACCCCGCUCCAUUUUGUGGCACGGAGAGGAAACUGUUCUAUGUUACAGACAGUGGAGAG